UCCAUCCCUCUCGUUGUGAUGGAGAUGAUAGACCUCCGAAUGCUGCGUCCUCGUCUGACCAGACCGCGCUAGGAGAACAUUUCCUUUGUUCAACAUAAGUACAAAUAGAUUAACGAGAGCGCGGAAGACUCAAUAGCUUCCGCAAACACGAUAUGUUCCGACGGAGCGCGAAACUGGUGAUACAGACAGGGUUCCCAAAGAAAUACUCAUCGCGCAAGUCUCAAUCGCCGGCAGCGUACUGUGCGGACCUUGUCAAGAAGCUCGACUAUGAAAAUUAUCUAUGCACCCUUCUGCUGAAAGGCGAUACUCGACGGGCGGCUUUCGCGAUUCGCGCUUUCAACGCAGAAUUAGCGUCUAUACGAGAUCAGGUGACCAACGUGACGACAAGUCAGGGUCGUUUCGUUUUUUGGAGGGAAACAAUAAACAGAAUAUACGGGGGUGUCUCACCACAGCACCCAGUGGCCCUGGAACUCCUGUGGGUUCUUUCAUCAGCACAAUCGACCAUCAACAAGCAAUGGUUUUCAAGAUUGAUAGAGAGCCGCGAAGCGAAUGCGAAGAACUCGGCUUUCGAAUCGUUGACGGCGACCGAGACAUACGCCGAAAGUAGCGUUACGCCCGUCUACUACCUGAUCCUCGAGUCGCAGGGGUUCAAGAGCAUCGACUGUGACCACACGGCGAGCCAUCUCGGCAAAGCUCAAGGGCUGACCAAUAUGAUACGAGCUGUCCCAUAUCAUGCGUCUAAAGGCCAUUGUUACCUGCCCAUGGAUCUGAUGGCGAAGCACGGUCUGUCGCAAGAGAGGCUCCUCAGAGCACCGCAGGCAGGUCUCGAGGAGCUCUUAUUCGAGGUUGCCGCCGACGCUCACUUACACGUGGAGAAAGCUUCCAAGGAGCUGAAGAAGCUGCCGAGAGCCGUCCACGAUCUGUAUCUGCCGCUGAUCUGUCUUCAAGACUUCCUAGAACGCAUACGGAGGGCCAAAUUCAAUAUUUUCGAUUCGGGAGUUCAACGACGGAACUCACGGUUACCUCUCCUUCUGUUGAAGCAUAAAGUGAAGCAAAAACUUCGCUUGUGGCCUUGA